GGAGGUCGCGCGAGUAAUAGACCCCUAGAGUCUUUUCUGUACAUUCCCUUUUGCUCUCGACUCUCUCAAUCUCAAGCACCCGUCAUCAUCUCGUCUACACCUUUGUUGAAUCUCUUCUGGAAUUCGCUUGCCGCUUGCCGUCCUAUCCUUCUGUACUAACACUAAGUACCCGACCUGUCGACGUACGGGUAUCCACACUUCACACACCUUGUUGACCUCUCCUUAGUCUUGGCCGGGCGGCUUCACCGAGCACCUAACUCCUGCAAAAGUGUAAAGUGUCCUCAACCAACAGAAAGCGGCUCUUCACUCUUUUCCUGUGACUUUUGCAAAUAAGGUGACAGCCGAUAUCAAAAGGCUUAUCAAUUUCUUUUCGUUCGGAAUUAGGUGGCCUUCAGUUCGGACUGAGCAUAUCGCACCAACAGCUCUUCGGCCAGCCACCAAGGUUCGCACGACGACUGUCGAUAUCACCGUCACACUACAGUUUGCACGAUGCGCUUGUUGGUGGGCAUUGUCGCCCUCGGCAGCGUCGCCGAGGCUGCCCAGUACCUUGUCAGUGACCUCAGUUUCGGGUUUGGCGCGAGGAUAAACCCCGAUGGCCGUAACACCAUUCCAUAUUACUCUAUGCAGGGCAAUCCCAAUGUGCCCGAAUUGCUCUCCAACAAGGUCAUCUUGACCCCUCCCGCCCCCGGUAACCAGCGCGGUGCUGUCUGGGCCGACAAGCCUCUUGAGCACAGAGCCUGGACGACAGACAUCGACUUCCGCGCCAAUGGCCCUGAGCGAGGCAGCGGCCUUCUCAACAUCUGGCUUGCCAAGGAUGGCGCCCGCAACAUCGGUUCGCAAAGCAUCUACACGGUCGGCAAGUUUGAGGGUUUGGUGCUUGUUGUCAACCAGCACGGCGGAUCGGCAGGCAUGAUCAGGGGCUUCCUGAACGAUGGAACUCUCGACUACAGCAAGCGCGACAACGUCGACAACCUCGCCUUCGGCCACUGCUGGUUUGCCUACCGCAACUUGGGCCGUCCUUCGCAAAUCAAGCUGCGCCACAACUCGCAGAAUUUCAAGGUCGAAGUCGACGGCCGCCUGUGCUUCGAGAGCGACAAGAUUCACAUUCCCACCGGCUACAACUUUGGUCUUUCUGCCGCCUCCGCCGAGAACCCCGACUCGUUCGAGGUCUUCAAGGUUGUCGUUUUGUCUGAGGACGACAUUGGUGCCGUUCCCAACCAGCAACAGCAACAGCAGCAGCAGCAGCAGCAGCAGCAGCAGCAGCAGCAGCAGCAGUCAGGCGAGAACCAGAAGCCCCUUGGCGGCACGACCCACGGCCGGUCGGGCCAGGCGGCCAUCCAGGACCCGUACGACAACGCAAUCCCGGACGCCGAGGCCAACAGUAUCACGUCGUCCAAGGCGCAGUUCGAGGACUUGCACACGCGCAUCCAGUCCCUCAACCACCACCUCUCGUCCAUCUUCCGGUCCGUGGCCCAGUACGGCGGCAUCGCCGACCAGAACCAUCAGGAGGUCUCGGUCAUGCUGGGCGAGAUGAAGGGGCUCCUGACCAAGCUCGACCGUUUCGCAUCCGUCGAGAACAAGCUCGAAAACUUGGAGCGCGAGGUGCGCAGCAUGCGCUCCGAACUGACGGCCCGCCUCAAGGAGAGCGAGCAUAGCAUCAAGUACCAUGUUACCGAUAAGCACGAGGAUUUGGCAGGUCAUGUGGUCAAGCACGCGGCGCCGGGCCACACAAAGUUAUAUUUGGCGAUCGUAGGCAGUCAGGUGGUGUUGGCCGCGGCGUACUUUCUUUAUAAGAGGAGGAAGGCUGGUGGCCCUAAGAAGUACUUGUGAGGGGAACAAGUCUGACAAGGAUCAGCCGGGAGAGCGAAGUGGAAGGUGUAGGAAGGUGGAAGUAGGAGAAGUGUCCAGGGGUCUGGCCCUCGUUGUUGUAAAUAAUAAAUGGGCCUAACUACCCCUCGAAUUUCGUUGGAUUUGGCUUUUUUUGCAUGGCGUUGUUACUGCGUUUAGGUUUUGUGUUGUGGGUUGAGUGUAGAUUCUCAUAGCGUUGAAUAUUGCGGACAUCUCGAAAUCUUCCAUUAUGCGUUGCAUUUAUUUGUCAAGUGUCUCAAAAUAGGAUAGGUACCGAUGCAAUUACUCGUCAGUAAAAUUUGCUGUAAUCAG